AUGGGUGAUGAAAUUACAUUGGACAGAGUGAUUACUGUUGCCAAUACUCUUGAAAUCGUUAACUUUCAACUGGAAAGUUAUGAGCAAAAAGAAAAGAUAAAGACUAAUGAAGUUAACGCACUAAAGAUUAAAAAUAAAAAUGAUUAUAGAUGGAACAGACAGCACAAUUCGUAUAAGGAAGAAAAGAAGACGAAGGAGGAAAUUAAAUGUGAGAGUAUAUACACAUCAACUACUAGAAGAGAUAGUUCUGUCCGCAAUAUAGUUAAUUUACUAUUUCAAACCGAUGAUCCAAGUUGCAAAUAUGGUAAUUCAAAAGCUAUUGCAAUAAAACAAUUUAAUCGGCUUGAGAAUAGGUUAUUAAAAAAUCCCAAACUUAAGGCUGAGUAUGCUUCAGUCAUAGAAGAAUAUAAAAGUUUAGGUCACGUGAAAACUGUGCCAUCACAUGAAGAAGAUUGUGAUGAUGCUGUAUACUUACCUCACCAUGCAGUGAUCCGAGAGGAUAAGGAUACUACCAAGGUCCGAGUUGUCUUCAAUGCUUCUUGUCCAGGAAGAAAUGGCAUCGCAUUGAAUGACGAACUUAUGGUAGGCCCAUCACUACAAUCUGACUUACGUCACAUUAUAAUGCGCUGGCGUCAAUAUCCAAUUUGUCUCGUCGCUGACAUUAUAAAAAUGUAUAGACAGGUUAAAAUAUCUGAAUUACAUACAGAUUUUCAACGUUUUGUGUGGCGCGAAGAUCCUGAUCAAAGACUGCAGCAUCUUCGUCUCUUACGAGUUACAUUUGGUACGGCUUCAGCACCUUAUCUCGCUGUUAGAUCACUACAGCAAGUUGCACACGACGAUGGAGGAAAGUAUCCACUGGCUGCUGAAAGAGUUCUUCGUGAAUUUUACAUGGAUGAUUUUAUGUCUGGUUGCUUUUCUGUGGAAGAAGGUAAGCAAAUUUAUAAAGAAAUAACACAACUACUCCAAGGAGGUGGAUUUGUCUUGCAAAAAUGGAGCAGUAAUAGCGAAGAAAUACUUAAAGAAAUUAAUGAAGAUGUUGAAGAUCAAGCAGAAAACCUGAAACUAAAAAUAGAUGAAAUCAUGAAAAUUUUGGGACUUACCUGGAACAGAAGAACUGAUGAAUUUGAAUACCUC